AUGGCUUUGACACGACUCGCGGCACGUGCCGUCCGCUGCACCCGCCAGCCCGUCCUGGCCUCCCGCACCUUCUCCGUCUCCUCCCGACGACGAGGCGGCGGCCACGGCAAUGAGUCACAGUUCGAUCCUCCGGCCGGUUGGUUGUGGGGUAUCAAGCCCGGCGAGAAGCCCGAGGCCGAGGGCUGGGAGUGGCCCAUGUACCUCUUUUGCGGGAGCCUCCUCGCCACCGGUAUUGCCUUGGCGUUCAAGCCCGACACGACCGUUUCUACCUGGGCACUCGAGGAAGCACGACGAAGGUUAGAGGCAGACGGUAUCUUGACCGACCCCUCACCGGAGAAGAAGGAGUGA